AUGCCGUAUUCUCCUGCUAUUCUAGCAGACAUUGAUCCAUCUUGCUCUGCCGGCUCCGCCAUAUGGAUGUCCCAGACUUGGCUGCUUUAUUUUGGUAUCCGAGAGCCACACAUCCCAGGCAGGGUGUUGCGCCAGUUCGGCUUCUUGCAGCGGGUGCCUGACAACACUUUCAUCAUGGAGAAAAAAGAAAUAGAAAAGUUGCAUAAGGAGACGCAUGGUAAGAAAUGUCGAGAUGACGUCUUACAGAGGUGGGAGAAUCGACACAACACCCUUGCAGGUCUUCAGACGGAUAUGACUCUUGAACCCCAGGCAGCACCGGAAUAUCUAGUGUGGUAUCAAAAUCACACUGUCACUUUGGUCACCAAUCCAUCAGACUAUCGUCAGCCCCAGGGUUUUCAGGGAUCUGCUGAGUCACUACAUAUAAUGGCCAAUUUAGUGCAAAACAUGCGGCAUAUUACUCUAGAUGGGCUACAACGUAAUCCAGUUAAUUCUUGGAAUCACAAUGCCUUCCUACAGCUGCACGAUUUGACACAGCAGGCAAUGACUGUCAGCAAGACAUCUGUUUGGGCUGAUAGUGAGAACCCAAGCCAAGAUUUUGUUCCAGCUGACCCAACCCAGGAGUAUAUCCCACCUAGGCCUCCCAGGACUGACCGAGGCGGCUUCCAGUUAGGGAGUGGGAGAAUGAGAAAACCUGUGGCCACCCAGAAUACCGGCGGGCAAUCUUCUACCCCCCAUGUGUCUCCUUACCGUCCAGCAUCGCCACACCACCAUCCCUCUCCUCCUUUUGAGCAAAUGCAUUUUGAUUCAGAUUUUAUUAAUCUAGAUCCUAAUGCUGGGGGUUUCUUUGAGACUAGUUACGAGGGUGGUCAUCAUAGUCAGCAUCUAGGUGGUGACGAUAUCCAUCAUGAUCAGGAAGAUGAUCAAGAUCAUGAGGAUAUUGGGGAUCAGGAGCAUGAUGAUGAUGCUGAUGAUGCUGAGCAUUCCUCUCAUGAUCAUUAUGAGGGCGCUGAUCAGGGACAGGGCCCCAGUGAUGGUACCAUGCCUUUUACACCGAUUGCUUUGGGUAAGGGACAGCGGAACAUAAAAAAGAAGAAAAAGUGCUGCAUGACAGAUUCUCAGGAGAAAAAGCGCAAGAUGUAG